AUGGGAUCAAAGAUUUGGGGGGAUCCAAUCAUUAGAGGCUCUCAGACUCUCACUGCUUCUCAUCGCAUUCAUGUAGCAAGGGGGAUGGAUUCAAUUUCAUCACUAGCGUCAUCAGAAAAGCUUCUUUCAAUUUCAGAUUCUAAAGGAAAUCACGAAGUGCACCAGAAAAAUCAAUUCCUUUCUGACUUAAAUCCCAUCUGUACUUCAAAUGCUUCACCCUCAGGAUCCAGAGAAAGUUUCGUUCCUCUAAAUCUAUUGAAAACACUUCCAGCAUUACCAACAGAAGACGCAUCUGAUGAGUCAGCUUCUUCAACUGCUACAUCUAGAUUUCCAUAUUUGACAUUGUUUCUGCAGGAGCCCUCCAUGCUGUUUUCAUCAUCCUCAAAGGUCACUGAGUCGCUAGGCAAGCCCAAAAAUUGUGAAUCUCACCCAAAGAUUUCAGACACUUCAUUUUCUGUGUCCCAGUGUCAUGCAAUUCACAGCAAGGCAGUUACGGAUCCACUCAAAAUGAAUCAGAGUCCUAAAAACUUCCGAUCCAGGUCUUUUAAUGACUAUUGUUUGAGCACCAGCAAGACUCAGCCUAUGAAGUAUGCUGGACGAGGCAAGCUGUUUAAGGGGGUGAGGCAAAGACACUGGGGAAAAUGGGUUGCAGAGAUUAGACUGCCAAGGAAUAGAACGAGGGUUUGGCUAGGGACAUUUGACACAGCCGAAGAUGCAGCCAUGGCCUAUGACACAGCUGCAUACAUACUUCGUGGAGAAUAUGCUCAACUGAACUUUCCAGAUCUAAAGCAUCACAUCAAGGCCAAUUCUUUGAAUGGAACAACAGCUGCCCUCCUCGAGGCAAAGCUUCAAGCAAUAUCACAAGGAAUUUCUUCUCAAAAAGUGCCCACUGAUUCUCUGCCAGGAUCAUUGGAUAAGAACCCAGCUGACAACACCAAAAUCGAUGGUAAAAAUCAGAAUCCAGCUAAAAAAGAAUGGCAGUUUGAGAUAGAGAACAAGGUUGGAGCUGAUACAGUUGAGAGAAGCAAAAAUAAUCAGCAGGAGAUAUCGGGCGUGGAAGCUAUUCAGUUAAGUAGAAUGCCCUCAUUAGAUAUGGACAUCAUUUGGGAUUCUCUUUUAGUCCCCGAUGCAUGACCAAUUUAAGUUUUCAUUUCAAAAGCUUAUAUGAUCCCCGUAUCGUUCAUAAACUGCAUUCGUCGUCAGUUCAUUCUGAAUUUUACAUAUCACAGCACACCACGCCGACACACUGAAUCUUCCGAAUUCUGAUUCUGCUAUCUUGAAAUUAUAUAUUGAAAGUCGAAUUGUUAUUGAUGCCUUUGGGCUCCGGUCUCUUGCUUCGUUCUAUUCAGACAUUUACCACCUUUACGCCACGACGAACUUAUGAUUUCUAAACUAAAACUUGAUUGGAUUACUAAGAAUCCUUUCGCUAAAAAAGAGCAAUGUGUUGAACAAAAAGCACGAGCCUGGAAACGAAUACCAGGGGCGAACAUGAAAAAACCUAGAUUUCAAUAUCUAUGAAAAGAGAGUGAAGCUACAAAACGAUCUGAAAU